AUUAAAACUCGUAAGGCUCCUCUGAAAUCACCAAAGUUUGCUUGUGGGGGAUACCCAUUAUUGUUUUAACCAUUUGGCACUGUGUAAGCAAAAGUCAUUAAAUGUAACAAACACAUUGAUCGUCUGAAAACAGUCAGAAUCGGUGAUGCAGCGUAGAUCAGUAGGUCUUUUCUUAAGACUCAAGAAGCCGUGCACAUCAAUAUGUCGGAACUCAACGGCUGUUUCAAGAUGUGGAGUAGGUGUUACGACGGAUGUUACCAGGUCAAUGCCACCUUGUACUUCAUCUAAGGGCUCCCAAGAUGGCAUAUGUCAGAUCAGGAUGCACCCACACCAUGUGCCAUCACGCUCAUUCAUCUCCCUGCCAGGCACCAGCAGCAAGAAGCGAGAAUAUUCAGAGCGACGCCUGCUUGGCUCAAUUGGUGCGAGGGUCUGUCUCCUGUCGCGCCGGUGGCGUGGACCGGGUUCCAGUUUUUUCGGCUCUCACUAUCUGCUUCCGGCUGGGAUGGCCUGCGACUGGUAGCAGCGACCGCCCAAGGUCAUAUAAGGUACUCGAUGGACCAGAUGUACGAGAUCGUCUCGGCCGUCGAGGAGUACACCCUCUUCGUGCCCUACUGCACCGAGUCGGUGGUGGUGGCGCGCCGGCCCAACUUCCUGAAGGCGCGCCUGGCCAUCGGGUUCGGGCCCGUGCGCGAGGCGUACGUCUCGAGCGUGACUCUGGCGAGGCCGCACCUGGUCAAGGCCGUCUGCACCGAGGGCCGCAUGUUCAAUCAUUUGCAGACCGUAUGGAAGUUCGCGCCCGGCCUGGCCGGCAACGCGCGCACGUGCGUGCUCGACUUCUCGGUCUCAUUCGAGUUUCGUUCGGCACUACACUCCCGGCUGGCCAACAUGUUCUUCGACGAAGUCGUGCGGCACAUGGUCAACGCGUUUCUCCGAGAAGCUAACAAGCGCUUUGGUCAGGAGAGCAUACGCAGCCAGAAGCCCAAGGUUAUCGUGGCUAGCUGACGACUUGCUCGCCUAGAAAAUGGC